AUGUCUAGAGAUGAUAUCAAACUUCUUUUAUCAGAAGAUUUAUCACCUUAUAAAUUAACCCUUUUAAUAUUAAUACAUCUAUAUUUAUGUAAUAAAUUACCCAUCCCACAAUUAAUCACAUUAACUCAAUUAAUCGAAAACAAACAACCACCAACUUCAAACCUACUAUCAACUAAUAACAUUAACAUUAUUCAUUCAUUAGAACGACUAUGUGAAAUUUUUAAUGAUUUGAAUGUGACAAAACAACUUUUAAAAUGUAUUUGGAAUAUUCAUUCAUUAGAACAAUUGGAAAAUGAAUAUAUCAAUAGUUUAAUAAAACAAGUUAAACCAGCCGAUUUAAUUACAUUGAAUAUAACUCCAGGUUCAACAAAUAAUAAAGUUUUAUCAUCAAAAUCAUUAUUUGGGUCAUUUAUUUUGAAAAUUUGUACAUCAUUUAAUUCUCUUAAAUUUGAUGAAAGUUUAUUAUUAUUUCAAGCAUUCCAAGAAUUUAGAGAACCAACAAGACAGAAAUAUAUUAUUGAAUUUGGUGGUAGUGAUAUGAUAAAUGAUAGUAAUCCCGAUUCUGAUUCUGACCCUGAUAAGGAGUUAUUUACCAAAUUGAAUAAUAAUUUAAUUGAAUUAGGAAUGAAAAGUCACCUGUCAACACAUAUCAUUCCAGUACCAAAAUAUGAUUUUCAACAAUUAUUAGAUCGACAAAUUUCUCUUUUAGAAAAUUAUGGUACUCCAACUCCACAAUAUUUAAAAGAUAUAAUGACAAUGAUGAUAUCACCUAAUUCUAAUGUUGGAAGAAUUCAAAAUAUUCAUUUUAAUAAUUUACCAUCUUAUUAUUAUUUACGAUAUCUUGAAUGUCUUCAAACUUCAAAUUAUAAUGAAGCAUUUUCUGCAUUACAUCAAUAUUUUGAUUAUAUGGUUUCUAAUAAUUCCAAAUAUUUUUAUCAUUUUGCCUUAAUUUCUCGAGCUUCAUUACAUCAAUAUUUUGGUGAAGAUAAUAAAGCCAUGGAUGCUAUUGAAGAAGCCAUUUCUGUGGCUCGAGAAAAUAAAGAUAAUUCUACUUUAACUUAUAUAUUAUCUUGGUUAUUUAAUUUUAUGAAAAAUAAACCUGAAUUAUGGAAUCGACAAAUAUUUCAUAAUAAUAGUAAUAAUAGUAAUAAUAAUCAUAGUGAAGCACAUUUAUUAGAUUUUUUAAUUAAAAAAUCUAAACAAGUUUCGUUUCUGCUUUAUUCCAUGAGUUAUAAUUUUGAAACAUUACAUUUAUUACAUAAUGGUGAUCGUUCAUGUAUGAAUAGUUUAAUUAAAUCAAUGUUUAUUGCAAUAAAUGAUGUGAAACCAACUUUUAUUAAAUCAGCAGAAUUAGCAGCUAUAGUUUGGAGCAAAAUUGGUGAACCAAUAUUAAGUGAAGUUUAUAAUGAAAUUGCCGUUGAAUUAACUGAUAAAACAACUGAUAAAAUAAGUCUUGUUAUCAGACUGAAUUUUUUGAAAUUUUUACAAGGUAAUAAUAUAAAUGAAUCUUAUAAUGAAUUAUUAAAAUUGAAAGAUAAUGUUACUUCUGAUCAUUCAUUGUAUAAUGCUAUUCAAAUGAGACUUUUAAUUAUUCUGGUCAAGAUCAAUUUACAAAAGGGGAAAUAUAAUGUCAGUAAAGAAAUCAUUAAUGUAUUGUUAGAUACCGAUUUAAAAGAUUUGGAAUUGAAAUAUGAAGUAUUGAUAUUACAAGUGGAAUUAGAAAUGUAUUUACAAAAUUAUAGUCAUGCCUUGGAAUUACUCGCAAAUAUUCAUGCUACUAAUAGUAAUGAAGUUUAUUUAACCAUUCGAUUAAAUUUAUUAAAAUGUAAAAUUUUCAUUUCAUCAGGUAAUCCAUAUCGAAUAUUUACUUUACUUAUUCAACAAAUCAAAAUAUCUAGUAAAUGUGGAUUUGGGAUGAUUGUUAUUGAAGCAAAAUUAUUAUUAUGGAAAUUAUUAAAUGAUUUACAAUCAUAUCUGGAUGCCAAAAAUUUGGGACAAGAAAUUAUGCCACAAAUUUUCAGUUUAAAUCAAUCAGAUUUUAUUGCUAAAGCAUAUUUUGAAUUAUCUAGAAGUUGGAAUGACGAAUCCAAGUCGAUAGAGUAUAUUAAAAUUGCUAUUGACAAAUUUAAGAAAAAUUCAGAUUUAGUUAUGUUGAAUAUGGCUUUACAAUAUCAAGUUCAUUUAAUGAAUAAACAUGAUUCUUAUCCACAACAAGAAAAGGAAAAGGAAUUGGCUAAUCAUAUAUUACAUGAAAUGACUCAAGAGUUGCAAAAUGAAAUUGAAAAAGGAUAUAUAUAG